AUGUCCUUCAAAGUUGCCGUUGGCGUGCUCUUGGUACUCGUGGGAGCAGUGGAGAGCAGGUUGAUAGGGCUGUACCCUUUCGAAGGCGAUACGGUGGAUCACAGCGGGUAUGGCAAUGACCUUGAGAGCGCUUCGAUGUCCUUUGCAAGCUUCCCGCCCGAUUUCAAGAUUCAUGGGAGUUAUGCUCGCUUUCUUGAUACGGUAGAUCAGUAUUGUUUCAGCACGAAUUUUUCCUUCCCAAGCCCAUCUUCCGACUUUGAAUUGACGGUUGAGUUCUGGGCUCAGAUGAAUGACAGCACUUGUAUAUUCAGCGUGCUCAGCCGCGAGAAUGAUUUGAUCUUGAACUUUUGUCGCGAGAUUGCGACAGAGAGAUGUUUCAUGACGUAUGACGGGGUGCAGUACGAUGUAACGGCCUCCAAUGGAAUCUGUGCAAAGCGCAAUGACACAACGUGGCAUCACUUUGCCAUCGUCAAAUCGAACUCAAUGCUGAUCUUCUACUUUGAUGGUCAGCUGCAAGACAGUUAUGUAUUGCCCAGCGUUUCUACGUUACCUGGAGUGCUGUGGAUCCGAAAUCUGCAGUCUGACAGCCAGCCUUUUGUUGGCAACCUGUCGGAGUUUCGAGUUUGGAAUACUUCCAGGACUGAUGCGGAGAUCGUCCGUUACAUGUUUGAUAGGAUCCCGUUCAUCGAAUGCUCCAACAGCAGCAUCGGCAAGAUCGUAGCCGGAGAGGUGGUGUGUAGCUCCUGCCCUCAGGCGACAUACAAAUCAUCAAACGAAUGUCUAUUUUGCUCGCCUGGUCACAUUCUUCUGGAGAACGCGUGUUCUCCUUGCGAGCUGGGGAAGUUCAAGGCCUCAGCAGAGCAAGGUCACUACAACGACCAGCCGGGAUCUUCUGCUUGUUCGACAUGUCCGGCUGGGAAGUACUCGGGCACAUUGGGAGGAACCUCGAGUGACGUUUGCAUGCCAUGCUUGCCGAACGCUAGCUCAGCGCCUGGGAGCAUCUCGGCGGACAACUGCAGUUGUGUGAAUGGGUUCGAAGAGAUAACAGGGCGAUGUGUGGACUUGGGUGCCUUCAGAUUGAGACGGACGUGUCUAGCUGUCUUCGAAGACGAUACUUCUUGUAUCCGAGAUUGUCUGAGCUUGACUUGCGUGGACAAUCAAGUCUUUCAAGCCUUCGACCCACAACUUCAGACGUCCCAUGGCGUUGUUAUGAAACUUCAGUGGAGCAGGGUCCCCUCCAACAGUCUGACGGAAAGUUUCACCACGACCGAUCUGUUCACGGACCCUCCAGCUAUCCAGGACAACCACCUCCUGCUCCAGCUGAUGGCUAACAGGAAUGGCAUUGCGAACUUCAGCGUCACCGUCGGCAAUCGAUCGGCAGAUUUCUUGACGAUCCGCGUCCUACCCGUGAACGACCCUCCGACUCUUGUCUUCUCCCCUUCGUGGACGGGGGAGAUUCUCCUGCAGGAGAACGCAGUCAACGUGGUCGAGUGGAAGGGGGGAUGGAAAGAAGACCAGGACAUGAUGUUCUUCUCAUGGAAGCAGGUGGACGGCGAGCCCGACCUGAUUAGAGGUCUCGACUUCGAAAUCUUCCCCGCGCAGACCGCUGACGAUGCUGCAGAGAUGCGUUUCUUCUGCCAUGUCUCCCUCGUCGACGUGGCGUCUUUCUGCUCCCAGGGCGAGGACGUGAACCUGCUCGUCACCCCCACCCCCUUCAAGUUCGGCCAGGGGACCUUCCGCGUCAUCCUCCAUGACAGCGGGGGGGUGCAGAAUCGGGGGAGGGACGCCAGUCCUUUCAACCUCACCAUCCGUGUCCAGUCGCUUCCUCGGCUUCACCUCGCAGUGGAGUUCCCUUGUGACCUGGACCGCGGGUUCUCCACCUGCCAGUCCAGCUUGAACUUGAUCCAGGGCUCGUCCUGCGACGGCGACUACGAGUGGAGGAUGAUGCCCUCGAGGUCCCCAUGGUUCGAAGACAGGUUCCAGAGCUUCUACCUCCCCGUCCUGCGCUCCUGCAACUUUUCCGGGCCCAAUGCCUACCGCUUCUCCAACUUCACCCUCUUCCCAGGCGAGCACGCUAACUCCUCCGUCAUCCCAGUCAACCAGUCGCUCAUGCUGGACUUCGUGUCCCCCCCGGCCCUCCGCGACCGAGAGCUCGCCUUCGAGCUGACGCCAGAGGCUCUCGGCUGCUACGACUUUCAGCUGCUGCACGUCUUCGCUGACAAUCGGCGCGUCGCUCACAACCUCAGCAUCUGCGUUCAGCCCCCGCUGUUCAACGCCACAUCAUCUAUCAGCCUGCUUGGAGGGAGCGGGAUGAAUCUGGUCCCGACUGCUGUCUCCGAGUUCAGCGACUGGCCCUGCCUGUUCCUCCCGAUGCUCGUCGGCCUUGAGAUCGUCAGCGCCAGGGACUCCCAGGGUGUCUUGCAAUGUGACCCGAAGUUCCGUGACUGCAAGUGCGUUGCACGAGAUUGGAGUCAGAUGCAGUCCGAAUAUCAGCUCAUCCUCGACUACGAUCUCCUCAUCCUGAAAGCUUCUUUCCUCUCCAAUCGCUCACUUUCCAUCACAACAAGAGACUUCUUUACUGGCUUCUCUCCUGCUCAUGUAGCUUCCUCCUCCCACUUCUCGUCGGCGCUGACGCCUCGUCAGGUUCUGCUGCUCGUCUACGGCAUCCCGACGUUCUCUGUCCCUACCGUCGUGCACAUCCUGCCUGUCAACACGGCGCCAUCCUUUACUCUCAAGUCCAACGUCACGGUGACCCGUUCUCUCCCUUGCCUGACCCUCUUGACCCCCAGCCUCCAGGUCCUUCAAGGAACUUUCUGCAGGGCUCAGGGGGGGUGGGACCUCUCCUUUCCCAACCUCUCGCUCUCCGCGCCCUCCGGCUGUAACUUCCUCUUCCCCGGCUUCGCCUCGGACAUCCUCCCAGGGCUCCCCGAGCGCGAAGUUUGCGGCAACUGCCUCGGCUCAGCUUCCUGCCAGCAGCAGGCAGUGUAUGCUCGGGCAUGCCAGCAAGUUUCCUUCGAGCUCUUCGUGGAGAGAAACCCCUUGCUCUUCCAUGAGUUCCCUUCCAUCUCCACCUCUGGAGCCCUUCAAUUCAUCCUCAACCCGGUCGAGAGCGGAGAGGCCCUGAUUUCAGUGCGGCUGGUUGACGAUGGAGGAACACAAUAUGGAGGAAACGAUUCUUCGCCCCUCCAGCACUUCACCAUCAUCGUUCAAGGAGCGAACAGAAGUCCUUCCGUUGUCCUCAAGCGCAGCGUCCAGUGCACCACUGGCACAACUUCAGCUUCCUGCUCCUGUCCCAACGAAGCACAGGUCGUCUCCUCCAACGAGGCCUGCAGCGUGACGUCAUCGAGAGCUGAGAUCCAAGUGCUCGAAGACUUCGGGGCGAUCGAGCUCGAGGGGUUUGCGACGGAAGUUACAUCCGGCGCUGCUCUCCCCUACGGCCUCAAUAUUUUCUCUCUCGACAGCCAAGACCGACUUGCCUUCCAGGGAGUCAGGAAAGAUAGCUACUACUCCUUUCCUGGGCUGGAGCCGCAGUCCAAGAUCGCGAUGUCCCCCAAGCUCGACCACGCGUACGUGGCUGGGUUCCUCAACUCUACCAUCACCAUCCUCGAGCACCAGGGGGCCCCGCAGACCAUGAAGUUGCUGGAUCGCCGCGGGAACGAGGAGAAGCGCUUUCGCUACCGCCAGGGGAGCUCAUUCAGCACUCAGAAUCCAUGCUCGAGUACGAUCUUGGACUCUGCUACUGGCCAGCUCCUCGUCGUGAGUCAGGGCUGCUCCAACGAGAGGGCCGGGGCUCCCCUCGACGUCUGGAACGACCCCAACACGGACAUGGUGGAGAAAUUCAUCCAAGCCAACAAGCUCGGCUACCUGUGGCCCAGUACCAUCGCUUACUGGGAGCUCCGGAGCUCACUGGCUGAAGGAAAGAUCUCCUACGAUGCAGCCACGUUGACGAGGAUAUGCGGCUCUACCAUCACCUCUUCCGUAUCAGUGGAGCCUGGCAGGUUCAGCGACCUCACCGGAAACUUUCCAGACGCCGAGCUGGACGUCUGCAAGAUGACCGCGAACCCGCAGAACCUCAACUCCUUCGUCCUCAACAACGCGCUUGACGAGGGCAUGCAGUUCCCCUCCGAGUUCACCAGCGGCCUCUUCGUGACCCGGUCGCUGACCUCCAUCCUGUCGCUCCUCCCGACCAACAACGUCACGUUCGAGACCUGGGUCUUGUUCUACCCCCUGGCUUCAGCCGCCGACCAGGGCAUCUUCUCCCUUGUCAACGACGUAGGGGUUCCCCUUGGCACCAGCCUGUUCUACUCGCAGACGUCCUCGUCCUGCACGCUGAAGUGGGACGUGAUCAUCACAGCUGGGCAGAGGCUGCAGACGGUUACAGCAAGCAUCCCUGCCUUCAAGACUCAGUCCUGGUACCACAUCGUCCUCACCUUCGACGGAUUCGACGCUCUCAUCUACGUCAACUCGCUAGUCAUCGGCAAAGUCUCCAUCUGCACCCCCCCGACUGCCUGUGAGAUCUACUACCCCGGGCGCGCAGCCUCCGACAGGGUGGGUACCUUCACCUUAGGCCGAGGAAGAGAUUCCUUGGGGGGUGUCAACUACAACCUGAUGGGAAUCAUGUCGACGUUCAAGAUGUACAGGGUGAGGCUCAACGGGUCAGAGGUGGAGGAGGCGUACAACGCGCGCAGCGCCUUCAAGAACACUACCUUCUCCAUGGACUCUUACUGGUUUCGCGCGGAGACCACCACGAACGACGCUUCUCCCUCCCUCCUUAGCUCGGCUGCUGCUGACCCUCACACCCUCGAGGUAUUCGGGGCGUUCAAGAACAGCAUGCUGUACGCCUGCAGGUGGAUAGUUGGGGCUGACUCGGUGGAGACGAGGGCAAUACUGGAGAAGGAUCGCUGUACCGGAUCCACCACCGUCUCUUGCGCAAUCAAGUGCAGCACCCCGCUAUGGCCGCUGGGCUACAGGACGAGCAAGUUUGCGGUGGUGGAGAAGAGCAGCUGGGCGUCUCCUGGGGCCAACUUGUGGCAGAUCGUCUGCUUCGCAGAGCUCGGGUUCGGGUGCACCAAGGGAAGCGUGGCGGGGUCGACCUUCUCAAGCAAGCUUUGGAGCACCGAGUUCGAGCUGACGGGGGCCCGGGGGGACGUGACUUACUUCGUCUUCUACACCCAGAGCUUCGUGAAGCAGCUGGACGCGAGGGGCAGGACAGUGCGGGACAAACCGUUCACCUUCAGGGAGGCGGUGGGGCUGGGGACGGCGGAGGUUACUUUCUUCAGAGACCCUGUGCUGAGGUCAAGGGUCAUGGCGAUGGCCAACUACUGGGACGGGGCUGAUGUGAACACGUUCUCCAGUCUCUCCCUCUUCGACGAGACUACCCUGCAGGCCUCCCCCCUCCAGCUGAUCCCCACCAGCGGAGCAACCCAGUUGGUUGCGGUCAACGUGACCGGUGGUUCCUCGGUCUCCCCGGCUGUCUUCAUCGCCGUCGCCAACUACCACGGCCAAGUCCAGCUGUUCCCUUGGAGGACUGACAGGGCAGUGCGCAGGAUCAGCCUGACCUUCUCGGGCCAGGGAUACGUGUCGGGCCACCUUGCCAUAGUCGCCGAGCAGGGCUCAGGGUUCUGGGCCUCCCUAACAGCUACUCCCCUCGUCUUCGUCCCCUCCACCAACUCCUUUGUGGGCGGCUCUCUUCGAUGUGACCAGAACUUCUCCUGCGCCUCGAUCCUUUCUCAGGGCGCCGGGUACUCGUCCGAGCCCAUCAACGGCCUCGGCUCGCAACUAGCAGGCCUUGACAGCUCCUGCAAGGUUGCCAGCUGUGACCCGUUCCAGCCGAGCAAGCAGUGCAAGCUGGAUCACGAGCUGGCCUGCAGCUCGCUCCUGGUGCAGGGGCAGGUGGAGGUCAGGUACCCCAGGGGAUGCGCGGUGGACGACUCCGGCUGCUACAACACAUCCAUGACCAACUCCAUCACCAGCAUCCGCCUCGCUUCCUCCCUUACGGGCGCAAACUUGACCCAUUCCAACAGGUGCUACCGGCCAUCAAGGAUCUUCCACCGCAACGGCUUCGGCCGCAGCGUCUCCGUCAGCUACACAGUUAGGCAGAACGGGUCCCUCAGCUCCCUCUCGUUCCUCCAGGCUGCUGACCAUGGUUCCAACUACACCUCCGACCCCUGGCUGGACGUCGAGGACGACCAGUGCAGCUGCGGGACUACCAUCUCCGAGCUGCGGAUCGUCGAUGGAGGGGAGGGAUACACUGCCGGGUACAUCACAGCGUCUGGUGCGGCAGACAGGCAGGCAGCGACGGCAGGGCAAGGGUUUCUAGCAUACUACGACGUGAAGGGGAACCUGACCGAGCUCAAAGUGCUCCAGACAGCUAUCGGCUUCACGAGCAUCCAGGACGUCGACAUCACCCCCAAGCUGGACGUCAAGUACAUCACGACCUUCUCGCUCAACUCCAUCCUCCUCCUGGAGCAGGGGAACUGCUUCAGCAACCUCACUGUAGCCUCCGUCGAGCUCCCGGAUGCCGUGGGGGCAGUACCAGCCCAGGUCAACGUGACGUGGGUACCUGACCUGAGCUCGUUCUGCAACAAGUCCAUCGGAGCUCGGUACCGGCCCGCCGCUCUCAAUGUCAUUGUAGGUGGCAACGGGUACACCCGGAUCCCCCGGGUGACCUUCGUCGACCCAGUUCCAGACAAGAACAGCAUCCAGCCCAUCAUCAUGCCUCGCAUGCAGCUCGACUACAUCUACGUCAACCAUGACUUCAAGAAAGCCUCGUGGCAGGUCCGCCAGUCCGAUCGCGUCCUCACGGUCGAGAAGAACUGGGCCCGUUGGUUCCAGGACAGCGUGCAGACGGCCCAGUAUGUGACCAAGUUCGACGACACCACCAACAAGUCUAAGGGGGUCGACGUGUCGAUGAAGCUGCAGCACUACUCCACCAUCGUCAAGAGCUCGGAGUACGCAAGCUACAUGGUCCAGAACUGCGACGACAGCCUGCUGCCCUCCAGCUGGGACGCGUACGAAGUCUUGGUGGAUGUGCUUAACGCCAACCUGAGCAACUUCUCGUACAGGCUCCUCAAUGGCAGCACCUGGAAGGGGGCCGUGCCCACCACAACUCUCGAGCUGUGCAAGAAGGUCUGCCUGCUGGAGUCUUGCUCGGCCAUCACUUUCGGUCCAAACAGCAAUUCCCUGCUUGGGGAGUGCUGGAUGAGUACGCGGUUCAACCCCGACUCCGAGCAGUCGACAAUCUGGAGCGUCUCUCCCUCCCUCUGCGUCGCCCCGACGCCCAACGGCAGGAAGUGCCGGGACCUUGACUGGAAGGAUAUCUACAACAGAACCUGCGCCAUCUACCAGAACCGCUCGCUCUGCUCUCAGACCGGCACCUUCUACAACGGCACCUUCUUCCCCAAGCUCGGAAGCGGGUGGAACUUCAGCGGGUUCAACGGCACCGACGCCUCCUACAUGCUGCCUCCCUUCAACGGGGCCAACGCCUCGUCCGCCUGCUGCUUCUGCGGGAGGACGGGAGCUGGUUUCAAGGUCUUUCUGCGCCAGUACGGUAACCUGACCGUCUACCCUAAGUCUGUACAGGAUCUCCUGUGCUCUCCUUACCCCACCAACGCCUCCAGCUGCACGCUUCCCAUGUACAUGACGCCGUUCCCUGGCGGAGUGAACCGGUGUUGCUUCGAUAGGAGGAGCAAGGUUCCCGUCAAGAUAGGCAAGUGCACUAGCGCGACCAACUGCCAGCCCGUCGCUCUCGGCGUCGUCAACGUGAACUUCGACGCCUCCCCCCAGUCGGUCGUCCUGGACGCCAGCAAGCUGACCUCUGUCGUCCUUCCCGGGCAGGUCGGCGAGAACUGCUGGAUGACCUUCGUGGAUCCUCUAUACUCCACCACCGUCCCCGUAGACGUCUUGGGCGCGAGGGUCGAGGCCGUGGUGGAGGGAGCGGUGAGCGCAGUGUCGAUCAAGAAGCGGGGCCAGCACUACACGCAGGAGCCUUUCCUGGUCCUCUGGCUGUACACAAAGCAGUCGAAUCACAACAGGAGCCUGUGGAACUACAAGGACGACAACACUUUCUUCUUCUACCGUCCUGCCAGCAUCUACUUCCGCGUCGGCUUCGGAAACGCCUCAGGUACCUUCCAGGGCCUCAACUUGGUUAAGAUGUGCGAGGGGGACCCCACCUGCCUUCUUGCUCCCUUCGGACAGGGGUACGGCCCCUGCAUCACUCUGACAAGAGCCAGCGGAGCCCAGCUAGUGGCCAGCACAUCCUAUGUGGACCUGGAGGGAGUGACGACCCUCAGUACCGCCGGCUCCUCCCGGGUCGUUCAGUUCGAGGCAGGAGGAGCGACAUAUCUGGCGGUCGCCAAUGGCGCAAACGAGAGCAGAACAGAGCUGCUGCCGAGUCCUCCUAGGGGCUCACCUGGGGCCCUGGCGUUCAACUCCCCCUCCUUCCAGAACUUCGUCGCGGUCCAGCAGACAACCAGCAGCCAGGUCUACAUGCUCUCCUUGGCCUCCGAUGGUAGGUUGCAGCAGCAGCUAGUGUACGAGCUGGAAACCUCGGGGGCGCGUGACGUCACCUACUUCGAGUUCUCCGGCAGGAAGUUCCUCGCCUUCGCCCAGGAGGCGGCGCAAACUUCCCUUCUGCUGGAGGUCAAGGCGGACCAGCUCGGGAGGCCGAUCUUCGAGCUCCUCCAGCUCAUCCCCACCAACGGGGCCAGGAGGAUGCAUGCCUUCAGCCCAGCCUACCCUAACGACCUCUUCCUCUUCGUGGCUCAGACCGGCAACGCCUCGCAGUGCAUCUACGACGACCCCCUCCAGCUGACGCCCACCUGCGGACCGGAGGGAGCGAGCCUGCUCGCGGACGACCUUCUGACCUCCUCCCCCCUCAAGAUUGAGCUCGAGCAGGCUCGCGACGUGGACGGGCGGCUGGCACAGUCGAUGAUGCUGCGAUGGAACGGGACCCUCUUUCAGGGAGUCAACUCGGUCAAGACACUCGUCAAGGACCUGGCCGGGGGUCAGGCCUUCGCAUCCACCUCUGCCGUGGACCUGCUGCCGUUCGCGGCCAAGACGGGAGAACCCAUGGUGGCCCUGCUGAACUCGCAGUCGGAGGACGUGUGCUUCGACAAUCCGAUGGAGAACUGCAGCUACUUCGGGGGAGACACCAAGGAGGGCUGGUGCAGCAAGACGAAGAUGUACGAAUGUGACAAGUGCCCCAAGACAUGUGGGACUUGCAAGGUCUGCUCGAACCUCUACAGGAGCUUCCAAGAUGGCAUCUGUGUUGAUCAGCCACCAGCUACUCUCCUCACCUUCAACAUCUCCGUCCCCUGCUCCAGCAUUGACUGCAAGAGCUUCCCUAGCUGCGUCGUCUGCCCCGCAACCUGUGGCAAGUGUCAGGACUGCGCUCUCCUGGUUGCCAAGGGAUGGCGGCAGUGGUACGGGCCAUCCGACAACUCGCAGUCUCUCCUCUCCACUGGAACGGUGGAAGAGGUUGCGGCGCUGGAGGGACCAUCGUCCCUGGUUGUUUCACCGGAUGGGCAGCAUGUGUACGUAGCGAGUUACCUCUCCAGCUCCAUCCUGCUGUUUGACCGUGACCAGACGACCGGCCUGCUGUCGCACAGGAAGGAGGAAACGGUCACGGACCUGUUCAACCUCGCCGCUCUCACCGACAUCGCCAUCACCAAGGACGGGAGGCAUGUUUACGUCUCCAGCUUCGAACGCGGCAGCGUCAUCGUCUUCACCCGCGCCAUCCCGAGCGGGAGCCUCAACAGGACGGGGAUGUUUGUGAGUGGGAUGAGGGAUGGGGCAGGCAAGCUUAUCGACGGGACCCUCGGAGCUCAAGGCCUCUUCCUCGAUGCUCUUGACCGUCACCUUUACGUCGCCGGCUUCCUCGACCAAGGCUUCGCCGUCUUCUCCAGGGACGCAGGUGACGGGAGUUUGAAGUUCGUAGACCGGAUCAAGAACGGGGAGAGGAUCUUCCCUGACGUCAUCGACCCCGAGGCUUCUGUAGGGGUCAAGACCAUCCCAGCGGACGGGAAGAACCUAACAGCAGGAGGAGGAUGUAGCUUCACUGUGCCCAGCGGGACGUACUUGGUCGCUUCCUUGGCGUCCCUCCCGCAGUCUGUCCCCAACGUCAUCGAGGUGCUCAGGUACGACAGGCUCAAGGACGACUGGACGAGUGUACAGGCGAUGCGGCAGGAGGAGGCGAUCCUUGACUUGACCUCCUUCUUCAUCGACGACUUGUCGGGGGUGCGGAGGACGUACCUUGCCGCUGCCAUGUCGGUGGUGAACGGGAAUGGGAAGGUGAUGAUCUUCGAGUGGAACGACGUAAAGACAGCGUUCGUCUUCCACCACUCCCUGUCUCCCUUCCAGGCUCUUCCUACCGACCUCCUCCACCCUCGCCGCGUCCUUCACUUCUCCGCCGCCUCCACGGGAGACGACUUUCUUGCCGUCGCGUUUGACACGUACGACAACCGCACGUCAAACAUCCAGCUCUUCUUGUGGAACAAACUCGGCCAGACCCGGCUCAACGACAGCUCAGUCGUAGCUGGGAGCGGUUUUGACAUCUUUCAGCUGAUUCCCUCAGCUGGAGCGGUUGACAUCGACCACCUACAAACUUCCUGCAGCUGUCCUGCAGCUGCAGGCGGCACCUGCCCGCUUCAAGACAUCCUCUUCAUCUCCAAUGCCCUUCCCAGCAGUGGCAUCAACUCGCUAGAGGGCUGGAGGUUUGUUCCCGGCGCCUCGCUAGCAGAUGCGCGCGUCGGUAUCGUGGGAAGGGCAGGAAGGUUCGAGAAGACCUUUGGGUACUCGGCCGGUCAGUCCUUCUCCCUAUCUGUCAAGUCGUUCAGAACCUCGGAUGAGGGAUGCUUUCUGGCUGCGGUCAUAGCCGACCAGGCUGACUGUAACGCCGUCUUUGUGUUCAAGUACCUCGGAGGGGAGGCAGCAUCGUCGUCAGCAUGUCCGCUGCAGGGGAUCUCCUGUACGGACCCUCACGCCUCCCUCUGCAACUUCUGCAUCUUUCAACGCAUGGACGCCAGGACUCUGCCUGCGAGGGGAAAGCCAGUCGCCCGAUGGAUCCCCCACUCCUCCUCCUCCUCCUCCUCCUCCUCCUCCUCCUCCUCCUCCUCCUCCUUGAUCUGUGGCACCAACGCAAGUGUAGGAAACAUCAACGGAGCACGGGCCCUCCAUCACUUCAAGUCUGGCAACGAGCACUACCUGGCCAUCGCUCAGUCCCGCUGCCAGGUCCGCGGGAAGGACUGGAUGAGUUCUUCCUUGUCCUGCCCUCAGAGCUUGGCCUCCUCCCCUCGCUCUGCUGUGCUCCAGUGGAACGCGUCAGGCUUCACCGAGCUCACCACCCUGACGCGCGAGACGGAGGCUACCCUACGAGGACACCAGCUGACAUCUGAGGAGCGAGAUAUCCAUCUCUACUCCUUCCGCAUCAGCGCUGGUCUUCGCUCCUCCUUCCUCUAUGUCGAAGUACCUCCCCCCGAUUCCUCCGCAGGACCCAAGACGCUUCUCCUCUGCUUCUCCUCCUCCUACGGCGCUUUCAGCCUCGACUGGUCGUUCCCCGUCGUCUCCGGCAUGAACGGAACUUCCUCUCUCCUUGUCAUCGAGCCGGCGAGCCAGUCCUGCACCCUCGCCCCCUCCAUCUGUAGCGCCGCCCCCAUCACCUUGGGGUCGUACGUGAUCUCAGCAGCAAGGAUUGACAGGACGGUCAGCUCAGUCUUGCAGUCUCCCGUCCUCGAUCACCUCCAGGAGGUCGUCAGCUGGCUGAAGCCGAACUUGACCGUCUCCUCUCAAGCUGACGACUUCACUGCCGGCGACCCAGACCUCCGGGGAGCCUCCGAGGUCCUCCUCCUCGACGUCAGCACCUUCGAUGUGCUGAACACGGCAUCCAGCAACGCAACUACCAGCCAGUGGAGGUCGGUCCUUGGCGUGAGGACGCAGCAGACUUCGUUCGAGGCUGCAUGCGACUUGUUCCCUCGUCCCUCCUGCCAGCCCGUCAACCUCCAAGUCCAUCAGAUCUCGGGGGACCCAGGGCUCCUGUCGGAGCCUCCGGUCCUGUACAGCAACGGCAAGCUGAAGCUCUCCUCCUCCAGCCACAUGGUGGGAUCUGCGGUGUUCCGCGUCCUAGUGCAGGACGGGCAGGCGACGAGAGGCUCGUCGGCAGCGAGCUACUUCCUGCUGACUGUCGUCCCUGUUGACGACCCUCCUGCCUUCGUCCCCCAUGACGUCUCUGCCGUCGUCAACUCCGGCAUGCAGACGCUGGUGUUUGCGACCAACGUGACGCCGGGAGUGACAACGAGGGUGAGCCAGCUGGGGAGGUACCAGGAGAACGCGUCGACCCACUUCGUCCUCAACGUCAGCACUUGCGUGCGCAACCAGCUCGCGACAGGGGAGGAGCAGAAUUGUGCUCAAGACCUGAGCAGCUUCUUCUCGGUUCCUCCCUCAACCUCUGUGAUCCAAUCGGAUGACGGCUACAUCGGCACCAUCACGUUCGAGGUGGCGCGGAACGUGACAGGGUACGUGAAUUUCAGAGUUGUGCUGGUGGAGAACAUCGUAGGAGGCAAAGCAUCUCAGGUGAAUUCCUUCACGCUGGUGGUCGAGCCAGUCAACCUGCAGCCCUACUUCGACCUCGCCCCCCUCAUCUCCGUCUACAGCGACGCUCGUCCUCUCGUCAAGGGCAUCGUCGGCAACCAGUCUGUCUGUUCCACCCCCUCUUCCUCCCUGGCCACCUCCCUCACCUGCAAGGAGCCACUCGAAAACCUUCUUGAUCAGUGCCAGUGGUUCGAGAGGAACCAGACUUACGACCUCUUCAUCUCCAACAUCCAAGUGGUCGAGAGCUCUCCUCCUGUAGACUUUCAGCGCAUCAAGCUGAACCUGGGCGAUUUCUUUGCUUCCUCUACCUUCUCCCUCGUCUGCGGGGCUUCCGCUCCCAAAGUCUACAUCCUCUCCGACUUGUCCCAACUCUACACAGCUGGAGGAGAAGCAACGCUGGAGCAGCAGCUCGUCUCGCAGUACUGUCAGGCUUGCGCCGCUCAGACGUGCUCGGGCACGCUCAACGUGAAGUCUCCCGUCCUCUCCUCCUCAGGGUGCCUGACGUUCGAGGCGCUACCUGACCGGCAUGCCGUCCUCAACGUGACGGUGGAGAUGAGGGACUCAGGGGGGGUCAGCAGGGGAGGCAUCGACACGACGAGCAGGAGCAUGCUGGUCAAGAUUCUCAAGACCAACUCCCCUCCCGUACUCUUCACCAGGAGCAAGGUCACUCUCUUCGAAGCCUCCUCCUCCUUCUACCAGUACCUCCCGCUCCUGCAAAACGUCUCCGCGGGGGUCAACGAGGACUACCAGCAAGUCACCGUCACCAUCUCCAGCAUCGCCUCUCAGACCGUCCUCUUCCAAGAGCCCCCGCUCAUCAUGCCAGACGGCCUCCUGCGCGUCAGGCUCGAGCCCUUCCGCACAGGGUCUGUCACCAUCCACUUCCUCCUACGCGACAACGGGGGGACUGACAACGGCGGGGAAGACUCCUCGUCCUCCAUUGUCUUCAUCCACGUCAUCCCUUACAACAUGGACCCUCUGUGUAACUUCCCUGCUACGCUGACGGUGUCGGAGAAUGCUGGCCUCAUUCGCAUCCAUCGGUUUGCGCAGAGCUUGAUACCAGGGAAAGGAGGAGAAAUAUGGCAGGAGAUGAUUUUCAACGUUUCGAUCCCCCUCACCAGUGAGAGUCUGUUCGUCCCAGGACUGUUUGACAUGCAGACAUGUUCGUCGACAGUGUGCGCGUCGCAGACCUGCUCCUCCUCUCCUUCCUCCUGCUUCUCCAAGUUUCCUUCCAUCGACUCUCAAGGCACCCUGCUGAUGCGCAGCAAGUUCAACGCGCAUGGGGCCACCAGGCUCCUCCUGCAGUACCGCGACGAGGCGACGAGCAGCUGGGGCGAGCAGCUGGUUGAUCUCGAGGUCGUACCCGUCCCGCGCGUCUUCUCCGUCAUCCCCUGCUUCGGUCCCAUAGCAGGAGGAAGCUCCCUGACCAUCAGGGGCCAGUUCUUCCAGGCCACCGGGAGGAGGAGCAUGAGGAGCGAACUCGCCAUCGGAAAGUCGUUUCCUCCUCAGCAUGUCGUGCGUUCGGACGUGGAGAUCGUCGCCAUGACGUCCCCUGGGAUCGGAUCAGCCUCAGUCGUCAUCAAGUUUUCCCACGACGAGUGCAACCCCAACGGCAACAUCUCCAACAUGAACUUCUGCCGGACCACUGCGAUCAGCAACUUCGCAAAUUUCACCGAGGAGGACAUGAAUGCCUUUCAUAACCAGUUCCUUCACGAUGCCUUACGGCUCGAGAACUCCACAACCGUCGACGUUCAAGAUCUGCAAGUUGCAGCGAUCCCAUCCGGCUCGAUGUACCGGCAGGUUGUUCUUGUGUCGGGAGAUGACGUUGCAAUUAAGAAGAAGCUGCAGAUUAAUCUCCUCAUGGCCGGUACAAGUCGAAUGGUCAACCCGACGAUAAGUGGAGGAGGUUUCGUGGCCAUGAGCCCCAACUUUCGCAACUUCGGAACGCUUCAAUCCCCUUCAGCUACAGUCCAGCUCCUCCCUUUGAAAUUCUCCCACACGGCGCUUGCUGCCAAAGUGUUUCGAGGACAGCUGUACGUAGGAGGAACCUUCGAUUCAGCUGAGCUCAACGUCUCAACCUCCUCCACGACUUCCAGCCAGCAGGACACCUUCUCGACGAUUGGCAUGAUCGCAAGGUACGACGGCAACUCGCUCUACAGACUCGGCCAUGGCAUGAACGGCGCAGUCUACUCGGUCGAGGAGUUCAUGGGCCAAGUCGCAGUCGGCGGGUCCUUCACCACCUUCAACUCGGCCGUUCGGGAUCAGAACAGGACGGGGCCGCUCGCGCUUUGGGACGAGGAGACUCAUCAGUGGUCGACUAUCCCCGGCUCGCCGCCCCUUGGCGUUAUCUUCUGCCUGGCCGUCAUGAACAAGACACUUUUCGUAGGGGGGUCGUUCACUUUCCGGUCCUCCGAUGGGAGAGAGAUUCAGCAGGUGGCUCGGUUUGACAGCUCUGGAGGGCCUCAGCUGGGAACGUGGAGCGGCCUGAAAGAUGGUCUGCAAGGUGGGGACGUUUACACCCUCGUGAUCGUGGAGGAUGUGGACGUCAGGGUAUACGCUGGUGGAAGUUUCAAAUCAGCCGGACUACUUCCUGCCCGCUCGAUUGCCUACAUGCUGAAGGACGAGUGGUACUCGAUGGGCGACUUCGACGGCUCUGUGCAUUCCAUGGCUGCCAUGGGGGGAGAGCUCUUCGUCGGCGGCUCCUUCACCAGCGUCAACUGGCGAGGACUGGUCUCCUACUUCGACAAUGUCCGUCCUCGUUCUCCACACUCUUACACACCUGAUCCUCUCCUCUCGCAGCUUGCCCGCUGGCACGACGGCUCGUGGAUGAGCGUUCCGGGGAUCGGCGGCCCCGUGUUCUCCCUCGCCACAAUCAGGGAUUGUUUGUACAUCGGAGGAGACUUCAACAAGAUCUGCCUCCCUGGACAGGCACGCAAGGCCAAGACCUGCCGCGAGGAGACCAACUCAGAAAGUUACCAGCUGGCUUGCAGCUCAGCGCGAUGGUGUCUUUCGAGCCUCCUGACCAACAGCAGCGCCGAAGCCAUGACGUGCGAGGGCGAGGAGGACCUCAUCGGGCAAGUUCGGGUCAUCACACAAGUAUGA